UAUAUAUAGAGUUUGGUUAGUGCACGCGGCGGCCUCCAGGCGGCAGCACCUGGAUGUCAACAGUGUUCAAACUGGUGUCUGGUGGUCUCUCACUAUUACUGUGUGUUCUGGCCUCAAUAUUGCUCUACACCUCUUGCUCUAACGCUCUACAGAUGCUCACCAGGCUGCUCUAACACCUCACUAAUGUGUUAGCAGGAAAUGAAUCGUAAUAUUGGACCACAGCAGAGAUUAUGAGAGUGGAUUCUUCACCCGAUGACAAGAUGUCCGGUGCAGCUAGUGGCCGCAGGUUACGGUCACGGGCAGCACAGAUCACCAAUGGUGAGGACAAUAGUGAUGAAGCAGAGGAUAACGGUAGACGAAGGAAGUAUAGUGGGUUUAAAAGGAAGGCAGCUAUAAAUGUGGAGAGUUUAUAUCUGCAGGAAAAUUGUAAGAAUGCUACUUCAACCCCUUUGGAAACUAUCUAUGAGUUGCCUCGAUUCAUCGAAAAUGGGAAGUCAACUGUUAGAGAGGAUACACAAGAAUGUGAUCAGAGUAAGGAAGAUAUUGAUGUUGCUGACCUAUCUAUGUCCGUGAUGGCUGCGAGAAAAAUUAGGCGAUUUUGUCUCUUUCCCAGUCAUUACUUCCCACCUAAGCAAAAAACUCGUUUCCGUAAGGAACGGGCACGCAAGAUGAAGCAGUUGAGAGGAGUGAAAAUUCCAAAGGGCACUGCAAUUUCUGCUGAGGAACUUGAAGCUGUCCUUGCUUGCUUGUUUGAGGAUGAAGGUCAAAAUGCAAAACCUAUAGAUAUUACGAAGAGAUUUUCAAACAUAACAGAGAACAUUGGGUUUUAUGAAGGAAAUAUUAUAAAACCAGACAUUAAUAAUGAAGGUGUUGAUGAUAUUAUUAAAAACAUGGAUGCUCUUAGGGUGAACAAGUCAAAGCUACAGAAAGAGGUUCCAUCAGAGUCAGAGGAUACAAUUAAAACCCAUCUGAUUUUUGAUGACUUUCUCUCCUCAACAAUUACUGAUGAACCUAAACAGCCAUGUUCCCCUAACUGCCAUGAAAAAAAGGUCCGGAGACGAUCUGGAAGGCUGUUGGCAUGUCCUUUGCAAUCUGUGGACAAGACCUUAGACGUACCUAUUAAGGGAAUGCAAAGAAUUGCCGAGUUAUCCCCUUUGAAUCUGCAGAAUUCAUUCAUGACUGAUUCUUCUGGCACAACCUGUUUGGCUGCAGAUGUAAAGCCACAGAAUGUACCCAGCCACGAACUAGGUAAAUCGCCUCUUGAUAUAGGAGUUUCAAGUGAUAUAAAACUUGUACAAGUGGACACACAAUUCCACAAUGAAAUAACAAUAAAAAAGGAGACUAAAAAUAAUUUAUUCGUGCCUGAAGAACUGUGGAGAACAUCUGUUAGUACAGAAAAUCUCUCUAGUGAUAUAAAACUUGAGCAACUGGACACAAAAUUCCACAAGGCAAUAAAAGUCAAACAGAAAAAGGAGAGUACAAAGAACUUAUCCAGGCCUGAAGAACUGUUUAAAUCCUCUGUUAGUGUGGAAAAAGCCUUUAAUGUUAACACACUCGAUGUGGACACAAAAUUGCGCAAAACAAUAAAAGUUGAACAAAAAAAAGUAAGUAUAAAAGAUAAAGAGAGAGAUAAUAUAUUAUACAGUGAACCCUCGACAGAACAGAGGGCUGCAGCAAAAGAAAAAACAAAGCAAAGGAAACCUCAAAGUGAACAAGGAAAAGAAACAAAAGUAAAGAGAUUGGAAAUGGGCAUAAAAAGAUCUAGUAAAUCUUAUGUUGACAAUCAAAUGAAAAAACGAAGAGACUGUAAAAAUGACACUAUAGAAUUGUUCGCAGAAAAUGUCAGUGAAUUGAAAUCUAGCUUGAUUAAUAUUGUUUUGAACUCUCCCUCUCCUAAUAAUCUCCUUGAUACAGGUCUGCUGAACUUGAGUGAGUCAGCAGCUUUGAAACCUCAGAAAGGUUGCAGAGGUAAAGGGAAAAGUAGAAGCCGAGGAAGGCGAAGAGUAUCUGGAAUUCAGAAACCUUUAUACAGUACCAUUCUUCAGCCAGCAAGCCCAAGUGAUAGCUCAAAUAAAUCCUUGGACCAGCUCGAUGGUGCUGUGGAAAGUGAUCCCUGCUUAAGGCUGAAUAUUCUCACCAGCACCUCUCCUACUGUGCCUCUGUCAGGUAGUAUGGUUGGGUGUUGCUCUCCUGUUUCCCCUUCAGCAGGAAUGGCUGCACUUACGCUUAACACAGAUAAGCCUUCAACAUCGUCCACUGCAAAAAUUUGUCAAUCGCCCAUUUCUCGUUUAAAUAGAAAAAUUAAUACAAAGGCUCGUAGACGGUCAUCGAGAUUAAGCAUGGAUUUUGCAGCUAGUGAAGGAAUACCAAACAAUUCUGCAUCAGGUUUUGGUUCGUAUUGGUCAUCUUGUUCACCAUCUAUUACACCAGUUCCUAAUAUUUAUAUGAACACUUUGCCAAAAGUUGAUGAAAAGGGUAAUAUUGCUUCUCGGCCAUCAAAUAUAUUGAAUUGCAAAUCACCUCAUGUGGAGAAAGAGAGCACAGCCACUUUUAUAGAUGAUAAAAGAGGUACACAUAAAAUGGAAAUUAAGAGUAGAAGACGCUCAAGAAUGUUACACAAAGUGGACUUGGAAAUGGUUGAGAAAACUAAAGCCAGUGCUAAGGUGGACAGUUCAAGUUGUGAAAUCGAUCAUAUUGCUGCCAGUACAUCUUCAGUGGAAGAGUUUGUACAGGACAACUCGGUAAAUAUUGUCUCGCUGAGGGCACAGGGUCCACAAGUUGGCAACAAUAACAGUGUAGUAGAACAUAAUGAGCAGCUGUUGGUUGUAUCGUCACAAAGUACUAGAGUAGUCAGUCCUCAUCUUGAGAGUUUGUCUUGUGCAGCUACACAAAGAAUUACGGUUGCAUCAGUACAUGAUAACUUGCAGAGAUCCGAAACGCUCGCAUCAUGUGUUCUUCCGAGUUGUGUAGAUGUACGAGACUUACCUGGAGGUGAUAAUGUGCAAGCAGGCAACCCAAGGCAUAGUAGUGUAAUAAAUCCUCAAGGGAAAAAUAGCAACUUUGUUCCAGCAACACAUUCAGAUUCUCUGAUUAUUUCUAUUCCCAAUCAGAGUCCUGGAACACAAGAAUAUCUGGCCACCCCAUGUAGCUCUCAGGCAAAUUCAGAUGAAAAGCAAUGUCUUGAUUCUUCUGUGUCAAACAUUAAGAGUAUCUCCAGUAGAUGGUUUUUGUCGGCAAACAGUACUGAUGCAGCUUGGAAUUCACCCAUUAUUACUGGGAUGUUUGAAAACAAGACUGGCAUUCGACAGGGAAAGGUAUUUUGUAACAAAGAUGCUCAAAACAGCAGCCCAAUCACACACUUUUAGCUGUGUUGGUCUGACUCCAAGAAGUUGCUUCCUCAAACUCUUGACACAAUUAAACUGAAACUUUUGGUUACUUCAUUUUAAAUACUUUUAGGAAAGUUAACCAUUUGCAAUUUGUGUGUUGAGUUUGAAACAUUACUUAUUGCAGAAAACGUUAUUUAAAAUGGAAAAUACAUUCUUAUUGUAAAUUGUUUAAAGAGAAAAAACAUGUUGUAAAUUUGUAUAAUGUGUAAUACAUUUUAUGUUUACCUUUA